UCUCCCUCCGCAGAAGAAGAGCGGGUUUGGUUCGCACCGUUUGUACGCGGAAGCACGUACAACAGGACUUAAACCAAAACCUCCAACCUGUCGUCUUAGCUUUGUCACAGCGGAUUGUGUCGUGAGCUCAAAGAAGAGACAGGUUAAAUAGAUUUGUUUUGUGUUUUAAUUGGUGUGCAGACACAAUGAAGACGGCUUUCGUGGCGCUCGCCAUAUUGUUGUGUUUCUGCUUGGUCAGAGGGGCUCCAACAAAAACCCCUCAGGAGCAGAAAAGCAAAACAAAGCAGUCGGCUAGCACCGGCAAUUCAUCAGCAGCAUUCAGUGCAGGUACUGCAGACAACGCAGCAAAGACGGUAAAAGCAGAAGAACCUAAUCGAAAGACUACAGGAAAGCCAAGUGAUGCAGUAUCAGGUGAGACCAAACCAAACAAACAGGAAAUGGAAAACCAUAAGCAAACACUCGCAGGUGUGGAUGCAAAAGGUAACAAAGGGCCAGCUGUGACUAGUGAAGGGCAGGAAAAUCAAACUGACGAGGAGAAAAACAAUGAGCCUGCAAGAAAACUGACUCCUCCAGUUAAGAAUGUAUCAACACCUGCAGAGUCGGGAGAGAAAGGCAAGGAGCCAGAGGCUAAGGACAAAGAGGGAGGUGAGCCAGAAGGAGACAAAGGCAAGAAAGACAAAAUACCUUUAGAGGGCAGCAAUGAGGAAAAACCAGAAGUAGAGGACAGCGCUGAGAAAAAACCAGAAGUAGAGGACAGCGCUGAGAAAAAACCAGAAGUAGAGGACAGCGCUGAGAAAAAGCCAGAAGUAGAGGACAACGCUGAGAAAAAGCCAGAAGUAGAGGACAACGCUGAGAAAAAGCCAGAAGUAGAGGACAACGCUGAGAAAAAAMCAGAAGUAGAGGACAACGCUGAGAAAAAAACAGAAGUAGAGGACAACGCUGAGAAAAAACCAGAAGUAGAGGACGGCAAAAAUAGAGAAACCUCAAAUAAAGGUCCGUAUGACCCAGCUGGUAUAAAUGAGGAGGAAGAAAGCAGCCAUUUCUUCGCCUACCUUGUCUCUUCCGCUGUGCUGGUAGCGGUGCUUUACAUCACUUACCACAACAAGCGCAAGAUAAUUGCCUUUUUUUUGGAGGGAAAGAAAUCCAGAUCCACACGUCGCCCUAAAUCCACAGAAUACCAGAAGCUGGAACAGAAUAUGUAAUCUCCAGUCGUCCUCCAGCUGAACACACUGGGGUUGUGUGAGAAGAGAGUGAAUGGAUACCGGCGUUACAUAGCUUCCUCGUCUCCUCUGCAUUGAUUUCACCUUUUUGUGUUAAAUGGAUAUUCCUCUAUUUUAUACCUUUUAGAUGCUUAUCGUACGACUAUGCAGAUGACACUGUUGCCUUAUUGAGGAAAUGCAGUGAAGGUAAAAUAAGCAUGCUGUUUUUUGCACUUGUGUCGUUAUUCCACUUGUAAGGCAAUCUUGUAAUUUGACCUGACUAAGGUCUGGACUCAGGAUAUUUAAGUAGCAGAUGAAAAUGAUAGCUGUUUGGAUUCCAGAAUACUAGUGAUUGCACUGUCCACUAAAUAAGCCAUCUGAUUCUGUGUAAAAUACUGUGUACACUUUGUUUGAGUUUGUUUUAAAUGUCUAUUUGAUGAAUUGUAUCCGAAAUUUCGAUGUACUAAAGUAUCACAAUGGGAUUUCUGCUCGUGCUCACGACCAUGUGGUAUUGGCCAGAUGAAUGUAGUGACUUGUAUUUUCCAAACGAGAUGCUGGCGCAGUGCUCACCCACUUUUAACUGCCUAAAGGCUGAGAUGUAAACAUAUGAAAUAUGUGCUUAAAGAAACUGUUUUAGGAAAUGCGCCAAUUGUCUUUCUUGCUGAAAAUGAGAUGAGAAGAUCAAUACCACUCAAAUAUAUCCAGUAAAUAUAACAUUAAAGGUGCAAUGUAAGGGAGUCAGAGCAUUAACAUAUUAGCUAACUACAAUUUGUUUCAUGUCAGCAGACCCAACUGGUUAGCUCACGACCGCUGCUCUGCACUGCCCUCUUCAGGCUGAUGCAGCUCAUAACGCCGUUCAGACCGGUGUCUUUGUUGCUGAAGCAUGACGACCCUCAGUUGCCAUACUGACAGCCGUUGAGCAAUAGAAAUGCUCCCAAUCUCGUAUUUAGCACUUUAAGGCUACAGCCAGCUGCCGGUUAUUAUAGCUGCCGGGAAAUUAGUAUAUUUCCCAAAAUGUUAAGAUACAACUGACUGGUUACUGUAUGGCUGUGUGGCUUCUUCUUUUGGAUAAACAUCUACUUGGUCCACUUGUUGCUUUGCAUCUAAACUCGAGUCUGAAAUGUUAACCUAAAACCGGUUCUGUAAGAGGUAGUUGGCCAAGAGCUGCAUUGCUUAGAAGGUUUGGAGGGAAUUACUGGUUGACCACUCAUACAUUAGAUUGAAUAUUUCCUUCAGAUUAGAUGUUUGUGUUCAGCGUUGACAGACUUGUGCCAAAUUGUGAAUUUUACUGGGAUUCAAUGUCUGAUUCUUGUUUUGUGCCCGUUUACUAAAUUAACAUUCUAACAAUUCACAUUUGUAACUGGCCUGAGGUCACAACAACCCUUUCUGUUAAAAGGAAAAUAAAUGUAUCCCAACUGUU